UCCCCCCCCCCCCCCGCGGGACCUCGGCGUUUCCUGGUUCAGUAGCCGCCCACCGACCCUCUCCUCUCCUCUUCUCCCCCCCUCCUCCUCCCCCACACCCCCACAACAACAACAACAACAGCCACCACCUCCUCCUCCUCCUCCUCUUCGCACCGCACAGCGAGCGCUUCGCAAGGCAGGAAGGCAGACAGACAGACACAGACAGACAGACAGACAGACAGACGGCCGCCAUGGCUCACCAGCAGACCAGCAGCUCCCAGAAAGCGCUGAUGUUGGAGCUGAAGAGUCUACAGGAGGAGCCGGUGGAGGGCUUCAAGAUCACUCUGGUGGACGAGUCCGACCUCUACAACUGGGAAGUGGCCAUCUUCGGGCCGCCCAACACCCACUAUGAGGGGGGGUACUUCAAGGCACAGUUGACGUUUCCCAUGGAUUACCCUUACUCGCCUCCGGCCUUCAGGUUCUUAACGAAAAUGUGGCAUCCCAACAUCUACGAGAACGGUGAUGUCUGUAUUUCAAUCCUACACCCGCCUAUAGAUGACCCCCAGAGUGGAGAGCUCCCCUCGGAGAGAUGGAACCCCACCCAGAAUGUCAGGACAAUCCUCCUCAGUGUCAUCUCGCUGCUGAACGAGCCCAACACCUUCUCCCCGGCUAACGUGGAUGCGUCCGUAAUGUUCCGGAAAUGGCGAGACAGUAAAGGAAAGGAUAAAGAAUAUGCAGAAAUUAUUAGAAAACAAGUUUUAGCCACAAAAGCCGAGGCAGAGAAGGACGGGGUGAAAGUGCCCACCACCCUGGCGGAGUACUGCGUCAAGACAAAAGCCCCCUCCCACGACAGCAGCUCAGACUUGCUCUACGACGACUUGUACGAUGACGACAUGGACGAUGAGGACGAGGACGGUGACUACUACGACGACGAAGACGAUUCGGGCAACGAGGAGUCAUGACCCCCUCACCUCCCCGACCCCCGACUCCUCCCCCCCAC